UUUUCAUUGCUGUUAACAUUAUUCACUAAAAAACUUCUACCUAAUUUAUUCACAAUUCUCAUCACAUUUGGUGAUGGCGUCCAAAGAAGGCAGUGUUGCUCUGCACCAACUCUCUGAUGCUACAGUCAGGAGUGGCAGAUGCCCUGAGCAGAGCCUCACUCAAGUGGCUCCUGGUGGCAGCAAAGUAAAGUCUGAAGCCAUGGAAAAGGUUGAUCCUUCACCAGUCCUCGAAGUUCCUGCUAUCUACAUCAAGGAGGAACCUGAGAAUGAAACUGAAGAAGUAUCCAUCAAAGAGGAACCAUUCUUAGAUGGAAAUGAAGCCUCUUCAAAUCAACAUCUUCCUGGUGUACCAUGCAAGACAGAAGCAAAAGUUGAGACUCACGACCCCCAUCCAAACUCCUCACAAAACACUUCUGCUUUGUUGUUGAAUCAG